AAACGAAUGCCCAAACUUCAACUGAGUUUAUAGAAGUAUCAACAUAGCGAUUAUAGUUAUGAAAAUUUAAGAUUUAUAAUUAAAUAUUACCUGAAAUCUCAUUGAAAUGCCUAAACCUGUGUGCGUACAGUGUAACACGAAUGAUUCUUUACUCUGGCGAAGCGCAGAGAACGGACAAAUAUGUAAUGAAUGUCAUUUAUCGAAUACCUUGAAAAAGGAAACAAAAUCAGACCCUGCAUCAGCAACAGAAGAUAAAGAUAACGAAGGAAAGAACGGUAAAGGUGAUGAGUCUACGCCCGCUAAAGCUACAGGGAAAGGUACGAGGAAGAGUACAAGAGCGACGAGGUACAAGACUAAAACUCCCGCAUCGACUUCCAAAACUUCGGCGCCGCGCGGAAGAGGUCGUAGAAGUAUUUUUAAACGUCCGCCAUUGAAGGCUCCAACGGCCACAGCCACCGUAGUGACCAGUGAUUCUAUAUUUUAUAAGGGCAGUUACAUGCAAGUAGGAGAUAUAGUUUCCAUGAUAGAUGUAGAAGGUGGCACAUACUAUGCUCAGAUUCGUGGUUUCCUCACCGACCAGUACUGUGAGAAGAGUGCAGUUGUGACCUGGUUGCUACCAACUAGAGCUAGUCCACCUCCUGAAGAGGGUUUUGAUCCAGCUACAUAUAUUAUUGGUCCUGAAGAAGAUUUGCCACGGAAAUUGGAUUAUAUGGAAUUUGUUAUGCAUGCCCCAUCUGAUUACUACAAGGAUAGCACAAGCCCAUACCCUCCAGCUGAUUCGAAACUCAAUGAUUGUAGUGGGUUUAUUUGGACGACAUUAGAACCUAAAGAAAAAUCGCAAUAAUAGCAAUUUCUGUUAAGAUUAUUAUAGUUAUGCAAUAUAUGACUUUUCAAUGCUA